AUGGCGCUCGGGAUUUGGACCGGCGGCUUAGAUACCUUGGAAGACAAGGUCAAGUCAGUACAGGAGCGGUUCGAAUCGGAGGAGCCCUGGGUUGAGCAACUGGUCGCGGUCCAUUAUGACAGCGGGGCACUUGAUGUUGAUGACUUCGUGUCUCAACUGAACCUGCUCAACUCACCGCAGACACGCCGCCUGCAGCGCUGCGCUACCCCGGGCUGCCCCUUCAGAGUGCAUGAAUGUGCCACCUUUGGCGGCUACUGCUGCAAGCAAUGUCACUUCGUACAUGUUCGUGGCAAGACUAAAGGUUCACAGCACGGCGGCCGUUGCGAGGGGAAGCCCGGUUCCCACCUGUCCUUGCAGGCCUUGGCGAAGCCACCCGACAAGCCACAGACAGGUGUCGGAUGCGUCGUCGCCGGCUUCUCCAGCCUUCAGCGAGUGCAGCGCGUGGCUAAGCCGGUGGCUGUCCCGAUAGCGGAGCCGCCGCGGACACCUGCAAAGCCUCCUAAAGCCCAGACUUCUGAACUCAACAUUCUGAGCAGAGAACGCCGUGAUCCGGGUGCAAGCUCGGCACGCGGCUCUCCGCAAGAAGGAGCCGCAGCCCAUGAUCGCAGCUCUUCUGCUCCCGGAGGCGGAGGCGAAGGUUCGCAGCCGUCACUUCAUCAGCAGCUGGAGCAGCACGUCUUCUGGACACCUUCUGGGUGGCUCGCGUUCUCCAAAUCAGAAGAUGACGUGGACUACGGUGGCUUGCGGGACGCCGUACAGGCCGCCUGCAGCUACACCUCGUCCUGGCCCGGAGUCUUCCUCCACCAGGUCUCCGUUGACUGCGACGGCAAGCAGCUCAUGGCCCUCGGGGAGACCCAAGAUGCUUCUUUGCAGCAGAUCGUGACGGUGGCACGACGGAAGAAAGGAGAAAGGUGCCUCGCCGGGCAGCCGACAGGCAAGCGCAAGCGAGAGGACAUGGCGGAUGUGGUGGAAAAUCUGAGGGGUCUCUUCGCGCAUUACCACAGUGAGCAGCUGUCGAUGCUGAGAGAUCUGGUAAAUUCCGUCGAACGCCCGGGCAAGAAGCAGGCGGCCGCCGCCCUCCCAAAAAAGUUCCUGGAGGAAGAUGAGGAGUUCGAGGAGGUGGUGAUUUGUGAAGAGGACGAGCGCCGGUGUGCAGAGAAGAUCGAGCGCCUGAAGGCCGAAAGAGCUCGCCAGAUGGCGUUCACGGCCAGCCAGAGCCAGUCGCGCAGGAACAAAGCUCCAAGGAGCUCCGCCUCAGCGAGUGAAGCCGUGGUAGCACCGGAAGAUGCCAGGGGCGGCUGCUACCUGGCACCUACGCCUAAGCAGAAGGCCCCUCCUCGCCCUCGGCCAAGUUCCGCCCCGCAGAUUUCUGCCGCCACGCCCCCGGAAGCGCCCCCGCCCCAGAGGCCGAAGCCGAAGCCAAUGCCGUGCAAAGUGAAGAAGCUCGUUCCCAAAGAGCCGCCCUAUCCUCCACCGAGCCACUUGAUGCCGAUGCCCCCUGCUUCAGAAGCCAUGCGAGCGGGCAUGAGGGUGCUCUUUCAGUCGCCUUUCUCUCCUGACACGCGCAUCACAGCUGAGCCGCAGUUUGAGAAGCUCGCCGAGAUGAAGGAGUCAGUUCAGGGACUGGCGGCGGGGCCGUCGAUUCGGCAGGUUCCAGUCGAUGAGCUGAACUUCACCCAGAGCUCUUGUGGAGAGAAGUUUUCGGAUGGGAAGACCUUCUUCGAGCUACUGGUCGGCCUUUGGACUGGAAAAAUCACCCUCUCCGCCGACUUCCUGGUCUUGGAGUGCCCUGAGGGGUACUUAGAAAUAGUUGUUAGUUUUUGGUUAGUAUAA